AAAAGCGAAAGAACAAGCAGAGACGACCAGCAAUAGCCUACUGCAGUCCUGUCUCUAGAUCGGCCAAUCUUUGCCGGCGUGCCUUCGGUUCCCUAGCUAGUAGGUUGCAAUACUGAGCCAUGCCUUCAAGCAAGGGAUUAUUCGACAUCACAGGGCCGACGCAUAUGAUGGCAAAAACUGGCGACGGCACUUCUCCGGCCAAGACAAUUGAGAUAGACUGGGACAACGAGGAGCAUCGCCGGUGCAUCACCGCCUGUCUUGUUAAGGGCACCUACGUCCUGGAGAGCGAUCGAACCAACGGGAGGCAGGAACCUGCCAAUGCGCUCGCGCCGGCGUGGUGGGAGAGCUUCCACUUCGGCCGGCUUCCCUUUCGCGUGCUUGAGUGUGAGUGCGAAUGCGCCUUGUGCAAGAUUGGCCGGCACAUCGUUGCAGGCAGAAGCCAGGGCUUCAUCUACGGGGCCAUCUUCGAGUACGUGCCACCGGACGGCUCGCGCCGCCACCCGUCGGCUCCAAGCUACAUCGUUGCCUUCCGGGGCACUAUGCGGCGGGAUGCCACAACUCUGGGCGAUAUGCGCCUCGACCUCAGAAUCCUGCUCAACGCACACCACAGCUGCGGCCGCUUCAGCCAUGCGCGCGAAGAGGUCAGGAAUUUCCUGGACUCCGUCCGGGAGGCGACGCCACCGGGAGCCGGCAGCCCCGCGGUGUGGCUCGCGGGGCAUUCGCUUGGCGCGUCCAUAGCGCUGGACGUGGGGCGUGAUAUUAUGGCCAAUAAUAGGAAGCUGAACCUCCCGACCUUCCUAUUCAACCCGCCGCAGGUGUCGCCGGCCGCGGUGAUCAAUGACAACCUGCCCAUGGCAGGGGUGGCGAAGAGGGGUCUGCACACCUCUAGCUACAUCCUGAAGCACGGGCUGGGGAAAGUUCUCAAGCCCCACAAGAAAAACAUGGAGGAGCAGUUCGAGCAGCUGUCGCCGUGGGUGCCGAACCUGUACGUGCACCAGCGGGACCUCAUCUGCAAGGGCUUCAUCGACUACUUCGAGCAGCGGGAGCGGGUGCAGGAGCGGUUCCCCCGGGUGGCCGCGUCGGGCACCACGCUGUCGUACCGGGACAUGUGCCGCUCCGUGUUCGGCAUGCAGAACGAGCGGCCGCACCUCCUGCCAUCCGCGAUGCUGUGGAAGAACCAGAGCGAAGGCAGCGACCCGCACGAGCUCCGGCAGUGGUGGCAGCCCCAACAAGGCCCGGAGCUGGUUUUGACCCACAAGUUAUACAAAUGGCCUGCUUCAAUGUAGAUGCAUGGCCUUAUUAUAUGCUCUUCUCUUGAUUAUCUAGCUAUUUGAUUUAGUGAUUCAGUGGAUGCUUCUAAUGUUAAUUGAUUUUACUAAUCUA